AUGUCGCCUGCAAUCCCUGCUCCACCCCCGGCUCUCUACCUUCAACAGGCUAGAGACAGCCCCAGCAGUCAGGAAUGCAUGUCUAUCUACGACAAGUGGGCCGCAACAUACAACGACGAGGUUGGUGACGAGGCCCAGAGCUAUGUUGCUCCCGUGCUCGUCGCCCAAGCAGCUCUGAAAUAUGAGAAAGCCAACGGUCCCGCAAACAGCAUCAUCUUAGAUGCCGGCUGUGGAACCGGACUCGUGGGACAGGCCCUCUCAAUUGCCCGACCAAAGGCAAUCGAUGGAAUUGACCUCUCUGUCCCCAUGCUUGAAAUUGCCAGAGAUACUGGCGUCUACCGGAAUCUAGAUCAAGCGGAUAUGAACCGAUCCAUUGCGAAGCCCGAUGAAACCUACGACACCGUGGUGUGCGUUGGCACAUUCACCCUUGGCCACGUUGGCCCGGACCCUGCCCUACGCGAACUGGUCCGAGUUACUAAGACAAAUGGCAUUGUUGUUGCUACUAUCCUUGAUGAGAUCUGGGUUACUGGUGGCUUCAAGGAUGAAGUUGAGAAGUUGAAGGCGGAAGGUUUGGUUAGUGUCACUGAGGAUCUCAUAGACUAUGUAAAAGGUCACGGCGACAAAGCAGUCCUGGUUAUUCUCGAGAAGCUCCCUCGUUCUUGA